GCCUGAAUCAGUACACCUUCGCAUAUUAUGGCGUCAGCGGCAGGAUACUGGUUCGAAUCUCCUUGGGUGCACACUUUUUCUCCUGACUUGGAUAUUUUCCCAAGGACACAAUGUGUGUCAGUCCUGAGAACACCUCUUGGAGUCGAUCCUACAAAGAACCUUGUGACACUUCCAUCGAAUUGCCCAUCCUGGCCACAAGAGGUUCCCAGUUGAGGGUAAAUUCUGUGGGUCUUACAUUAAAACCAUCAAAGGUACAAUUUGGGCCAAAGGAAGUGAAGUAUUUGGGGCAUAUUCUUUCCGCAGAUGGCAUACGUUUAGGUGAAGAUCGGAUUAAAUCGAUACUAGAGUUGCCAACGCCAACAAACAUCAAAAGUUUGCGAUCAGUCCUAGGAACGGUCAACUAUGUCAGAAAAUUCAUCCCAGACUUAGCCGCCGUCACCGCACCAAUGGUGGACCUUACGAAGAAAGACGCAGUGAAGUCGGUAGCGAAACGCUGGGGUCCGAAACAUGAUGAAGCAUUUGCCGGAGUGAAACGAUUACUCACCAAAGCUCCUGUUUUGCAUUUUCCGGACUUUUCUAAAGAGUUUGUUUACCACGUAGACGCAUCUGAAGUGGGAGCAGGAGCAUUCCUGGCACAACAGAAUGAAUGGCGAUGACGUGAAUAUCGUAGCAUACUGUAGCCAGCGAUUCAACAAAAAAAGCCAACAACACU